AUAAAGAGAGAAAACAGCCCCCACCAUGCACCACCAUAUGAUCAUCAUCAUCAUCAUCAUCACCACCACACCCAAAAGCCUCCUCUUCCCAUCUCACUUUCGCUCCCAAAACCACUCCAACAACGUCUCUAUUUAGAAGCAUAUAGGUAUAUCUUCUUUUCUUAGCCCCUCCUUCAAUAUCCUUCCUUGCUUAUUCGCUUAGCGAUGAGAGUUCCCGUUUCUUCACCACCCCAAGCCACCCUGAAACCCACUCUCUCUAACAACACCGCCGCCGUCUCCGCGGCCACCAACACCGCCCUAAAUAUUUCUCUCAGUAGCCCUUCCCAUAUCAGUCCUGCCUUGUGCUACGAGCCCACCUCCGUUCUCGAGCUCUGCCGGAGCCCUAGCCCUCCCAAGGAUCACUCCACCGUUAUUGAGUCCGUGUCGAAGCCGCCGGAGGACUCCGUGGAGGUGGACGAGCAUGCGUUUCACAGUCUGGAUUGGGAUUCCAUUAUGAAGGACUUGGAUUUGCAUGACAGCUCUUUGAAGAGUAUUCCUCUGCCAAAUCCAUGUGACCCUCAGGUGCCCAUUCUCCCUGAGUUCCCUCCUUCACAGGACCCGCCACUUUUCGAUCAUUCUUCUGAGGAUUUCAGCCUCUCGGAUAUUUACUCCAAUCAGAAUCUGGGAUAUACCGUUAACGGUUUGGAUCAUUUGGUUUAUGAGUACAACCCUAACGGCAAUUGGAGCAAUAACGGUUUUGAUUUGAUCGAAGUGCUUAUCCGUGCGGCCGAUUGCUUUGACUCCAACCAGCUUCAACUCGCCCAGGCUAUACUGGAACGGCUUAAUCAGAGGCUACGAUCUCCCGUCGGAAAGCCUCUCCAGAGAGCCGCGUUUUAUUUCAAAGAAGCCCUCCAAUCUCUUCUCUCCGGGUUAAACCGUACUCCACGUGUUUCCUCGCUUUUGGAAAUCGUGCAGAGCAUCAAAACCUUCAAGGCGUUUUCUGGAAUCUCCCCAAUACCCAUGUUCUCCAUCUUCACCACCAACCAAGCACUCCUCGAAGCUCUUCACGGUUCUUCCUUUGUUCACAUCAUCGACUUCGACAUCGGUCUAGGAAUUCAGUACGCUUCGCUGAUGAAGGAGAUCGCCGAGAAGGCCGAGUCGUGUAAAAUCAACGCGCCCAUGCUCCGAAUCACAGCCCUGGUGCCGGAAGAAUACGCAGCCGAGUGCAAGUUGAUACGAGAGAACCUGAACCAGUUUGCUCUCGAGCUCCGAAUCCGGGUCCAAAUCGAGUUUGUACCCCUGCGAACCUUCGAGACCAUGUCGUUCAAGGCCGUUAAGUUCAUGGACGGAGAGAAGUCGGCCGUUCUACUAUCUCCCACCAUAUUCCGCCGUCUAGGUUCAACUAACAACAUGGCGGCGUUUUUGUCUGACGUUCGAAGGAUUUCCCCCAGCGUGGUUGUAUUUGUAGAUGGUGAAGGGUGGACGGAGGCGUCUGCAACGACGUCGUUUCGCCGGGGGGUGGUGAACAGCCUCGAGUUCUACUCAAUGAUGUUGGAGUCGCUGGAUGCGUCAACGGCGGUGGGGGGAGGAGGCGAUUGGGUUAGAAGAAUCGAGAUGUUUCUGCUGCGUCCGCAGAUCAUGGCGGCGGUGGAAGGAGCCGGAAGGAUGGUAUCGCCAUGGAGGGAGGUGUUUUACGGGGCCGGAAUGAGACCGGUGCAGUUGAGCCAGUUCGCUGAUUUCCAGGCCGAGUGCUUGCUGGCCAAAGUUCAGAUUCGAGGGUUCCAUGUGGCAAAAAGGCAGGCUGAGCUGGUGCUCUGCUGGCACGAGCGGGCAAUGGUUGCCACAUCAGCAUGGCGGUGUUAGAACAUAUGUGAUAGCUUCACAAGGUUAAACGGCACUAGUUUUAUCAAGUAUUAGUUACUAAUUAGGUUAUGGAAAUCAAUUGUGGGGGUGAAUAAUUUUUCCAUGGUGAAAACAAACCUUGAAAAGUACAUAAACAUAUAUAACUUGUAUUUAA